AUGGCUGCCCUUAGGCCUCUGGUGAAGCCUAAGAUCGUCAAAAAGAGGGCCAAGAAGUUCAUCAGGCACGAGACAGACCAAAAUGUCAAAGUUAAGCGAAACUGGUGGAAAUCCAGAGGUAUUGACAACAGGGAUCGGAGAAGAUUCAAGGGCCGGAUCCUGAUGUCCAACAUCGGUUACAGGAACAACAAGAAAACCAGGCACAUGCUGCCCAGCGGCUUCCGGGAGUUUCAGGUCCACAAUGUCAAGGCGCUGGAAGUGCUGCUGAUGUGCAACAAAAUCUUACGCUCUGAGAUUGCUCACAAUGUUUCCUCCAAGAACAGAAAAGCCAUCAUUGAAAGAGCAGCAGAGCUGGCCAUCAGAGUCACCAAUCCCAAUGCUAGGCUGCGCAGUGAAGAAAAUGAGCUUGUGAAAAAAUGGCAGUAUGAUAAAAGUGUGAGAGCUUUUAUCAAGUGUGUUAUCAUUUUACAUUUGGGUUAG